AUGAUUAAGAAGGGAAGAUUCAUGUUUUUUGAACAAUCAGUAUUUUCAAUUCUUUUUUUAUUGACUACAAGUUGUCCUUUACUUGAUUAUGAAUAGUCCUUGUUAAGUAGCACAGAUCCAAUAUAAGAAACCAUUAUAGAAGGUAUAGGGUCAUCUUAAAGUUUUGCUUUUUGGAGUUUUAGUAUUCCAAUGUGGGAAGUAAAGAAAUACCCUUAGGUUGAAGAAAAAUUAUAUGGUGAUAAUAGAAAUGAAUAACUGUUAUUUGUAUUGAAAUCACUUGAUGAUGAGAGGGUGAUUAUGUUUAUGCAUCUUGCAUUUUCAGAUUUCUUACCUUUUGUCUCACAUAGACUUUAUGUAGAAGAAGAGAUUGAUAGUAAUAAUGUGUUUAAUUAUUUCUAUAUAUCAUCUCAAUAUGAAGGAAUUUGGACUCUUACGAUAAUAACUAUAUAAUAGAAAAGUGUAAUUGUAGAAACGGAUGCAAUAUCAAGACAUCAAAUACCUGAUCUGUCUUAAGAAUUGAAUAAUGUUAAAUUCAUAAUAGGCGGAACAGGAAUAGUAAAUGUAAAUAAAUAGAUUUUAGAUCAAUUCAUCCCAUUAAUUGGGGAUUUUUAGAGGAAGGUUAUCAAAAUUAAUAAAGUUUACGGAUUAUUCGGCAGGUUCCUUUUAAUUUAUUAAAGUAAAUUGUGCAAUCCCUCGUAAUGUUGUAGGGAAAUAAACUGUAAGUUUGAUACCAGGAUUGAAGAACUUCGAAGGGGAUACAUAAUUGAAUUUUGAAGUGAAUUAAGUAGGAUAGAAAUUUUACAUUUCUGGUUGGAUAAAACUGGAUCCAUCAGAGGCUAGUUUUAUUACAACAUAUUUGGUUCUUCGAUUAACAACUUUUAAGUUUUAUUCUGAUGAAUUGAGAUUGGGAGAUGAAAUACUAAAAGUAACUGUAGAUUUAGAUCUUGCUGAUCCAGCUAAUAGUGGAUAUAAUAUAAUAUCUCAUCAUUAUGCUAUGCCUAUUUAAGGAGCAGUCAAUCCUAGUUUUCUAGGCAAGAGACGAUUAGAAGAUCCAUUAAGUCCUAAUUUCUAAUAUUAAUUGACUAAAUGGCAUUUUAUGGUAUUUCAACAUGGAUUAUCAGGAAUGUAUAAAACAGAAAUGAGAAUCAAUUUUUAAUAGGGAGCCUCAUAUCAAUUGAAUAUCAUACCAUUUGAUGAUUUUAAUGCAUAAGGAUUAUUUAUAAAUACAAAAUACUAUAUUAUUUUUGGAGGUGACUUGACUGUAUUUAGAAAAUUACGUGGAAAAAUGUAAAAUUUUCAAAUUUGUUACAAUUAUGAUAUAGAUGAAGAUAUAUAAUUUUGUAAGUUUAUAAUAGUAACUUUAAAGAAUGUCAUCCUACAUGUUUUAAUUGUAUUGGGCCAUUAGCAUCUAAUUGUAUGGGAUGUUAAAGUGAUUUAAAUAGAAGAUGGUCAGAAGAUCUUAAGACAUGUUUUUGUAAUUAUGGUUAUUUAGAGAUUGAAGGAAUUUGUUAUUCAUUUAAUGAAAUCUAUCCAACACUUCAAUUUGAUGAGAUGCCUAUGGAUUAGACAAGUUCUAUUUGUCCAUUUGGUUAUUUCUAUUUGGAAAUCAAUAAUGAAUGCAUUUAAUGGUAAUUUCAUUAUUUAUUAUAUAGUCCAUAAAAAACUUCAACAGAUUUAUUAUGUGUUGAUUGUUUAUUUGAUCCUAAUACUUGGUCUUUAUUUCCUGUAUGUAAGACAGACUAUGUUACUGAAAAAAUUACAAUAUCUGAUGAUGCUUAUAGAAAAUAAUAUAGAUCAAGUGUAGAAAACGAUGUUUUUUUUAUUGAUUAGAAUUUCAAUUUAUAAUUAAUUGAAGGUGCAUCUAAUUAUUGUAAUACAGAUGAUGAAUUACCUAAUUGUUUUGAAUUUGACAAUUUAAAACAUUUAUAGAAUAGAGUAUAUCUAAUUUGUAAAGAGAAUCAUUAUUUUAAUAAUAAUCAAUGUAUUUUAUUAGAUACUAAUUGUAAACUAACAGAAUAUAAGGAAGCCAAAUGUUUAGAAUGUAUAUAAGGAUAUUACUUAUUAAAUGAUAAAUGUUUAUAAUGUUCAUUUAGAUGUUCAUCUUGUAAUUCAUUAAAUUGUUUAUCUUGUCCAUCUGGAUAUGAACCAGUUGGUAGAGAGUGUUAAAGUUGUGGUAAUUAUUGUUCAAAUUGUAUUCUUUAAAUGAAUUUGUAUACUCUUUAACCAUAUAUGAAAUGUUUAAAAUGUGUAAAUGAUUAGAAAUAUUUUUUAUCUUUGAAUGGAGUUGAUUGUGUAUUAAAUACAAUAACUAAUUGUAUAUAUGCAUUUUAAGUAGCUUCAGAAGAUAGUAAAUUAACUACUUUGGAUCAUUCAUUUACACCUUACACUGGAUUAAUAAUUACUAAAUGUGCAAAAUGUAAAGAACCUUAUUCAUUUAAUGAGUAAACAUUAAGUUGUGUUAUGAGAAAAUAAACUUCAUGUUCUUACAAUUAUCGUUUACUAAGUAGUGAUAAUGAUAUUUGUCUUUUUGGACCUACAACAUCAAUUAUUGAUCCUGUUUCAUUUACUACUGGAUGUAUUGCACUUAAUCAAAAUUGUUAUACUUGUAUUAAAGGUUAAGUGAAUACAAAAGUAUCAUACUUAUGUUUGAUUUGUAAUAAUGGUUAUUAUUCAGAAAAGAUGACAGGACAAUGUCAACCAUGUCCUAGUAAUCUUCAUUGUUUAUCUUGUUAUUAAUAAAAUAAGAAAUCUAAAGAUAAUUGGAAAACUGAUAUUAGACCUUAUUAUAGAUAAGCAAUUGAUGAUAAUUUACAAUCACAUUCUUUUAUUGAUUAUGGCACUUCUUAAAAUAUUGAAGAUUAUGAAGUUGUCUGUAAAUUUUGUUAAUCAGGUUAUGAAUUAUACAAUAAUCUAUGUAUUAAAGCUUGUCCUGAUUCUUGUAUUUCAUGUAUUAAAAUAAAUAAUGAAAAUAUAUGUGUUAAAUGUCCAGAUUUUAUUAAUGGUAGAUUUUUAUCUUUACAUGAAAAUGAAUGUAUUUAAUGUCCAAUUAGUUGUUCAUUAUGUCGUUAAAGAGAUCAAGAUGAAAUUAUUGUUAUCAAUCCUUUAUUUAAUAAUUUAGAUUUCAAAUAUUCAUCUAAUCAAUGUUUAAAACAAUUUCAUGGUUACUUUGAUUAAUAAUUAGGCAUAUUUAUUGAUUGUUAACAUUCUGAAUGCAUAAGAAAAUUAUAAAUCAAUUUAAAUUUAUAUUGUUCAAUUUCUGAUUAUAAUGAUAUACUUAAUUAAUAGAUAACAGAUAAUGACAUCAAAAUAUUCAAAUAAUCUAAUAUAUUAAUUAAUGAUUUAUUUUCAUAGAAUAGUUUUGAAUAAGUAUUUAAAUACAAUAUCAUAGUUUGAAACAAAUGAAUUUUAUAAACAAGCAAAUGAAAAAGUCAUUAAAAUAAUACUCAUUAAAAUUGUCAGUAAUAUACCUUAAACUUGUAUUAUAAAUAACACCAAGAAUAUAAGAUAAAUUUUCAGUUAAAAUAUUUUCUCUGCUAUGUAAAUUUAUUAUUCUAUUUAGAAAUGUUGAACUUGAAAUUCAUGGUAAUGGAAUUACUACAUUUAAAUUUGAUAAGGUUAUAUCAUUUAUCAAUUUUAAAAGAGUUUAUCUUAAAGAUAUAAUAAUUAAUCCUUUUGAAAUUAAUAAUUAAAAAUAAUUAAUCUUUAUUAGUGCUUUCAUUUAAUAAAUUUAAUUAAGUAAUCUAAUAUAUACUACAGAUGUCUCUAACUAAAAAUAAUAAAUCAUUAUCAAGAAUUCAAAUGAAGUAUUAAUUGAAAAUUUUAAAUUAUCUAACAUUGAUAUUAAUAAUUUAGAAGCCUUUAUUAUAAUUGAUCAAAUACCUUAAAAAUAAUAUAUCAGAAUAUCUAAUGUUGAAUUAAUUUCAAAUUAUAUAUAGAAUCUAAUUCUAAUAUUCUUGAAUUUGAAAUCAAAUGAUUCUGUAGAAAUAUCGAAUAUCAAAAUUGAUUCAAAAUUUGAAUAAGCUUCAUUUUUAAAAUAAGUAUCUGGAAAUUUGAUUAUGAAUAAUAUCUAAAUUUAGGACAGUCUAAUAUUAAAUGUCAGCAGUCUUUUUAAUUUGGGAACUUUGCUUCACAUUGAAAUUAAUCAAUUAUAAAUAUUCAAUUCUUUUUUAAUUAAUUCAACUAUCUUGUAUUUAAAUGGAUAUUCAUCAUUAAUAAAUAUAGAAUUCAAGAAUAAUGAAUUAUCUAUUGAAUCAGUUGGAAUAACAAAUAAAAAUGUUGAGGUCAAACUUUAUACAUUUAAAGAUAUUUCAUUUACAUUAAAUUAAUAUGAUUAAGGUUCAAACUUAAUUAAAAUCAAGGAAAGUUUUAGUCCAAAUAAGAUAAUAUUGAUUAAUAAAAUAAAUUUAAUUGCUAAUACAUUAACAUCAAUUCCAAGUUAAUAACUUUUAGAAUAACAAUUAACAACCCUAAUAUAUCUCUAAAUAUAAAAUGUGACUAUUGAUGAUUUAACAAUAUAAAGAGCCUAUAGUAUAAGAGAUAUUACAUUUGUUGAUGUAAUAUAUCUAUAUCUAAAUAAAAUUAAUAUUCAGUAACAUGAACAAUAUAAAUUCAAAGGUCUUCAUUAAUAUGUGGAUUGUUUCACAAAAUCAAUUUAAAGUAUAUACUUUAUUACAUCACUAUAUUUAUAUGAUGUUUCUUAAAUAGUAAUCUAUUAAUUAACAAUAGAAACAGCUGAAUCUAUUAAUUAUCCUAUUAUUAACAUCUAAAGUUCUAUUGCUGUUUCUUCAACCUAGAAAUCGAUACAUUUAGAAUAGGCAAACUUUAUUAAUAAUUUGCUCAUAAUUAGUAAUAAGAUGAAAUCAACUUCACUUUUUCAAAUAAAUUCAGAAUAGGAAUAUCAAAUAACCAUUCUUGAUUCAUUUAUGAAAUAAAACUUAAUGCAUCAAUAUGAAUAAAAUGAUCGAAUAUUUUCAGGUUUAAUAUUCAAUUUCGAUUGUCCUUACUGUAAAAUUAAAUUUAUGAAUCUCAUAAUCUAAGAUAAUCUUGUUACAAAUACUACAGAUAAUGUAAUAUAAAUUAAAGCUAAAUCUAUAUCAAUUGAAAAAUCAAUAUUCCUUCAAAAUUCAAUAUUUGAAUAUUCUAUAUUAUAACCUUAUCUAUUGUGGGGAUUCCAUAUAAAUGAAGAAAUCUUUAUUGAAUAAAUAUAAUAAAUAUUCCCAAUCAGAGUUGUUACUGGAAAUAUUAAAUUGAUUGGCUAAAAUAUUUAUAUAGAAAAUCUAAAUAUCACUAAUUCAUCUGGACCAGCUCUUUACAUUAAAAUAGAAAGUGAUGCAACAUUACUCAUAAAAAAUGCUACAUUUUCUCAUAUUAACACCCACUUUAUUGAUUCAGAUGAGAAUGGAGGAGCAAUCUAUAUUGAUUCAUCAUAUGCAAUUAGAUCUAAUAUAAUACUCUCAAAUAUUACAGCAUUUAAUAUCUAAUGUAGAAAUUAUGGUGGUUUAGUCUAUCUAUUCAAUGGAGAGAGUUAAAUUUAAAUCAAUCUAACCAAUCUCAACAUAGCUGAUGUUUAUGCUUUAAAAGGAUCUAUAAUUUUUAGUGAAUUUUCAUCAACUUUUAGUUCAAUUUAAGCAUUUAAAAUUUCACAUUUGGUAAUUGCCAAUUAAUUGUAAAAUUAAAUCUAAUUCUUUUAAAAAUUUAAUAAACUUGAUUCUUCUUCAAUGCAAACAUUAACUUUUUAAAGAAGUCUUCUAUAAAUAUCUAAUGCUUGGACAAUAACAUUAGAGUAUCUGUAAAUAUCUUAAUUAAUUUAUGAGUCAUUAGGAUUCUUUGACAAUAUUAAAAAUACUCAAAUAAAAUAGAUUUAGCUAACAUAAUGUCAAUUAAUGAAUUCUUUAAUUAUAAUCAAUACAAUUCUAACAUAAUCUUAAAUUUACAUACACUAAUUAAAAUUACAUAAUAUAACUAUUUUUGAUAACAUCCCUUUAACAACUUCUUCAUUAUUAUGUACUAAUUUAGAAUCUUAAAUUAAAUAAGCAUAAUUUUAAUGCUUAAAUGAAUUUUUCAACAAAUAAUCACCCAUAUAAUUAAAUUCUAAUUAUAACUAAUAGUCCUCUUAAUCAUCAUGUAUAAUAUAGUAGUUAAAAUAAUUAGAUAGAAAAUAAAAUGCUAGUUUAAUUGAUAUCAAACUAUAUAAUUCUAGUUUAAGCAUUUCAUAGGUUUCAUUUUAGCAUCUAAAUUGCUCAAAUGGAUUAUUAUUUAUUAACUUUUAACAUAAUGAAGGAAAUCUCAAGAUGUAAAAUAUAAACAUAUAAAAUAAUGUAUGUGAAUAAUCAAGUUGUGUAAAAAUUAUUAAAUUAAAUUCUUCUAAUCGUAUACUUGAGAAUUUGAAUCAAUACAUUAAUAAGAAAUAAUAUGACUUCAAAUUAUAAGAUUAUAUUUGUAGUUUUAAUUAUGGAUAUGAAGGUACUUGCCUUUAUAUUUCAAAUAUCAAUACUUUAAUUGUUUCUUCUAUUUUUCAACAUAAUAUAGCACAUGAAUCUGGUGGAUCUAUGAUUGUAAUUGGAAAUUAAUUGUUCAUUUUAGCAUAUUGUACAAUUUAAAAUAACACAGCUUAAUUUGGAGGAGGAUUUGCAAUUUCUGAUUAAAUGAUUUAGAAUUUAACAAAAUUAGGAUCUAUUUUGACUGAAAAUAAUGCCAUAAAAUUUGGAGAUAAUCAAGCUUAAUUACCAUCUUCAUUAUCAAUAACAAUUGAUUUGAAGAAUAUUUUACCAAAGAUUAAGAUUAUUGAAACAAAUAAUCUAUUGAUAGAAUAAAUUGAUAUAAAACCUUAUCAAGUAUUUAGGAAUACAUAUUCAGAUGCUUUGUAUGUACCAAAUGGUUAGAAGAUUUCAAAGUAUGAAUAUUUUGAUUGGAAAAAAGGAGAAUAUUAUCUAUAUAAUUUACAUUUAAGAAUUAUAGCAUUAGAUCAGCAAAAUGAAAUUCAAGAGAAUCUAAAUGAUACAUAUUGUGAAAUUAAUGGUAGAUUACUAAAGGAUAAUGAAAAUACAGUAUUUAGUGAUAAUUUUACAAAUUAAAAAAAUGUAAGUUUUAAUUCUACAGAUUAUAAUUUAGAUGAUAUCAUAUUUUAUUUAGAUGAUGAACUCAAUAUGACUUUAUAAAUGUAAUUUUAUUGUAAUUCAAUCUAUAUUCCAAUAUAUGGAGAACAAUAAGAAAUAAUAAGUUAUCAUAAUAACUAUUUCUUAAGAUUAAAUAUUAAGACAUUACCAUGCUAAAUAGGUGAAAUAAAGAAGAGUUCUGACUUAACAUGUUAGCCAUGUGAUGCUGAAUAAGGUUAAUAUUCAGUGAGUUUUAAUUCUCAGAAUUGUACUAUUAAAGAUGAUUUAUCAACAAAAGAAAUCAAAUCAGCUCAAAUGAAUCUUAGACCUGGAUAUUGGAGACCUUAUUUUUAUAUUGAUUAAAUUAGUUAAUGUAUUAAUUUACUAAGCAAUUGUUUGGGAGGAUGGAAAGAAGGAGAUACAUCAUGUUUUAUUGGACAUAUAGGUGCAUUAUGUGAAGAAUGUGACAUUUAUAAUUUACGUGGAGAUGGUCACUUCUCAACAAGUACUAAAUAUUCUUGUAGUUCUUGUGCUGAAAAAGAUACCAAUUCAAUAAUUAUAACAGCUAUAAGCAUUUGGUAAUUAAAAUUUAAUUAUUUUCAAGGACUUUGGUUUCAAUUUUAAUUUCAGUAAAGAGUACAGUCUCCUUACUUGAAGAUAUAGCAUUAAAAGUAUAAGUAAAAAAGAUUAGAUUCUUUAUGUCAAUGCAAGAAUCUUAUUCUGGAAUUCUCAUUAAGAUGUUAACCAAUCAUCUUUAAAUAUUAUCUACUAUUACUAGUUUUAAAUUGAAUCUGCCUAGUGGAUUUGCAAGUACAAUCAAUGCUUCUGGAAAUCCUAUUUAAACUAUGACAUAUUCUCUUGACUGUUUUUUAAUGGAAAUGUUCUAUUUCAACAUCCAUUAUUCAAGAAUGAUUUGGUAGAUGAUUAUGCCAUUCAUUUAUAUCUUUAUUUUCUUUUUAUUGUACUGUAUUGCAAUCAAAUUAAAAAAGGUUAUUUAUAGUGUAAGUGUAAUAACAACAACCUUCAUUUAUUUGUAUAUAUAUCUUCAACCAAAUUUAGUAGGUGGCUUAAUAUCCUUAAUAUCCUUCAGAAAUAUAUCUAAUGUUAAGUGGAUUUAAGCUAAUGUAGCAUAUAGGUAUGAUACCUUAUCUCAUUUUCUGUGGCUUUUAUCCUUUUGUCUACCAGGUUUAAUAAUUAUAGCCUUUCUUAUUCCAUUUCUCUUUUUUUAUGCUUUGUACAUAAAUAAAGAAAACCUUAAUGAUAAAAAAGUUAGACAAUAAUGGGGAUAUCUCUAUAAUGAAUAUAAAACUGAUGUGUAUUUUUGGGAAAUUGUUAAAAUUGUAGAAAAAGAAUUAUUAAUUAUUUUUCUCUCUUAUUAUGAGGAAACUAUAGUAAAGAAAGGUAUUCUUGUUCUAUUGGUUGUUUAUAUCUAUUUGGAACUCAAUACAAAAUUUAAACCAUAUCAAUCUCCUAAUUUGAAUAGAUUGGAUGCUUAUUCAGCUAAUGUAUGUGAAAUCUCGAUUGCCCUUGGUAUAGGAAUUUAUGUUGAUUAAUUAUAUGGCUCUUUAGAAGUUUAAAUACCCUACUUUAUAAUUUUGGCAACUCUCAACUUCUAUUUCUUCUUACUUGUUUUCAAAGAAAUAUUACAAUCAUAUAGCAGAGAUUUAGAAAUAUAAUUAGAUAAGGUGCGUGAUUUAGUGAGACAAAAAGCUCCUUGGACAAUGUAAUAUCGAUUCCUCAAUAAAGAACUUUAAAAUAGAUAAGAAAUAAGAGUCAGAGUUAAAACAAGAUACCGAAAACUUAGAGAAUAUUUAAUAGAACAAGCAAAACAAAUUCUAGAAUUCAAACANUCUCAUUAAGAUGUUAACCAAUCAUCUUUAAAUAUUAUCUACUAUUACUAGUUUUAAAUUGAAUCUGCCUAGUGGAUUUGCAAGUACAAUCAAUGCUUCUGGAAAUCCUAUUUAAACUAUGACAUAUUCUCUUGACUGUUUUUUAAUGGAAAUGUUCUAUUUCAACAUCCAUUAUUCAAGAAUGAUUUGGUAGAUGAUUAUGCCAUUCAUUUAUAUCUUUAUUUUCUUUUUAUUGUACUGUAUUGCAAUCAAAUUAAAAAAGGUUAUUUAUAGUGUAAGUGUAAUAACAACAACCUUCAUUUAUUUGUAUAUAUAUCUUCAACCAAAUUUAGUAGGUGGCUUAAUAUCCUUAAUAUCCUUCAGAAAUAUAUCUAAUGUUAAGUGGAUUUAAGCUAAUGUAGCAUAUAGGUAUGAUACCUUAUCUCAUUUUCUGUGGCUUUUAUCCUUUUGUCUACCAGGUUUAAUAAUUAUAGCCUUUCUUAUUCCAUUUCUCUUUUUUUAUGCUUUGUACAUAAAUAAAGAAAACCUUAAUGAUAAAAAAGUUAGACAAUAAUGGGGAUAUCUCUAUAAUGAAUAUAAAACUGAUGUGUAUUUUUGGGAAAUUGUUAAAAUUGUAGAAAAAGAAUUAUUAAUUAUUUUUCUCUCUUAUUAUGAGGAAACUAUAGUAAAGAAAGGUAUUCUUGUUCUAUUGGUUGUUUAUAUCUAUUUGGAACUCAAUACAAAAUUUAAACCAUAUCAAUCUCCUAAUUUGAAUAGAUUGGAUGCUUAUUCAGCUAAUGUAUGUGAAAUCUCGAUUGCCCUUGGUAUAGGAAUUUAUGUUGAUUAAUUAUAUGGCUCUUUAGAAGUUUAAAUACCCUACUUUAUAAUUUUGGCAACUCUCAACUUCUAUUUCUUCUUACUUGUUUUCAAAGAAAUAUUACAAUCAUAUAGCAGAGAUUUAGAAAUAUAAUUAGAUAAGGUGCGUGAUUUAGUGAGACAAAAAGCUCCUUGGACAAUGUAAUAUCGAUUCCUCAAUAAAGAACUUUAAAAUAGAUAAGAAAUAAGAGUCAGAGUUAAAACAAGAUACCGAAAACUUAGAGAAUAUUUAAUAGAACAAGCAAAACAAAUUCUAGAAUUCAAACAGUAUAUUUAAGGAACUAAAACAUAUAAAAGUGCCAAAGUAUAUCCUGAAUAAUUUAGCGAAUGUUCUUAACCAGAGUAAUUAUAUAUAAUCUAUAUCUAGGGAAAUACAUAAAGAGCAAAAUGAGAUCAUUCAAGCUAAACAGAGUUAAUCUGAUUUAUAAGAAUGUUUUGUUUGA